AUGCCCACUAUCUUCAACCCACGCGCGGUUGCAGUGAUCAACCAAGCGAUGAGUUGUUAUCCGCCCAAGAUCCAUCUGGGGCGAGCCACCUCCUACUUGAAGCCGCUCUCCAUCGAGAGGUGUGUGAACCGAACUGGCUACAAAGACUUCGUUGGCGUAUUCUAUCCGCACGUUUGGCGGAGAAGCAGCAGACAGCGGCGCACACGGCUGAAGAAGUGCCAACAUUUGGGACGCUUCAUCACAGCCCUGAACUGCAUCGGCUACGAUGUGGAGGUCUCCUUGGCACUCAUGCGUUCGGGCCAGUGGAAGACCAACUACCCUGGAUUCAUUGAGAUGAUGGGCGGACCUCUUCGUAGCUGGGUGUCCAGCUGGCCCAACAAUUCUCUGGUCGUCGUGACCAGUGGGUCUGGGAGACUCUUCCAUGAUGCGCUGCAGAGCCCACGCACCCGGACAGCGACCCUCGUGACUUACGCUGGAUCAUCUGAUUGGUUGGCGUCCAACUAUGCGAUACUCAGCUACAUGGACUGGAACGACCGCGUGUGCGACCGGAUGCACAUGAAUUGCUGCAUUCCUCAAGCAACCAAGGCCUUUGACUUCACUUCAGGUGCCGGCUAUCCGAAGGAGAGUAUUGCCCUCGGACACAAGUGUCUUGCUAAGCAAACGCGGGAGCAGGGAAUUCAUGAGUAUAGCAGUCGCGUGGAGGUCAGCAGGUAUUACUACUACCCCGACACUUGGAAGAAUGAUGUCACGAUGCAGUAUCCCAGCGCGUACGAUGCCAAGAAGCACUGGCGUGGCCCACAUGGCCGGACGCUGCUGGCUUCUUUCGUGGGCUCGCCUACACACUGCUCAAGGCGGGAUCUCAUGGAUUAUUGGAAGGACAAGGAUCACACCGGGCUCAAGGUGAUACCGACGGUUUACGAGAGGGGAGCAUACUCGGCUAUCCUCCAGAGAAGCCGCUAUUGCUUGGUGCUGGACGGCCACUAUCCGUGGACGAUCCGAUUCCUUGAUGUUCUUCAGCAUGGAUGCGUCCCGGUGGUGGUGUCACUCUCUUGGCACCCUCCGCUGCGCCGACUGCUGGACUGGAACAGUGCCAUUGAAGGUCGCGGGUUUCCCACGGUCCUGGUGCAUCCGCGUUUGAUACGCUCACUGGAUGUGAUUCUGGCCAGAAUCAACGAGGGUACCUGGCUGAAGAUGCAGGCGCCUCCGGCCGUGCCUGCAGUUGCCGAGAGCACCAAUAGCGAGAAGGCUGCAUCAGCUCCAGCACCGCCCAGGCUGCCAGAGUCUGGAGGCGGCAGCUCAGGAUCUACUUCAAAGCCUUCACAGGAGGAGUCAACAGAGCCAGCAGUGAUUGCAAUGCUGGAGAAUCCUGCAGAAGAUGCAUUGCCGCGCGCUGCGGUAGUGGACAUCUUCGCGCAACAUGACCUCAAGGUGGUGUGGGCUAACGAGGACCACGCCUGGCAUGACUGCGAAAAUGCCUCGGUGCUUGUUACGGUGAAGAGGCGGGUGGAUGCCUCCAUGCUGGCAACGCUGCCGAAGCUGCGGCUUGUGGCAGUUGCUUUUACAGGCUACGACCAUGUGGACCUCGAGGCCUGCCGGCAGCGUGGCGUCAACGUGGCCAACGUACCUGGCUACUCGACGGAUGGAGCUGCCGAGCUGUGCUUCGGACUGAUCUUCUCCUUGUUGCGCCACAUCCCCAUGGCCCACCAGCAUGUGCGCUCCGGGAAGUGGUCCUGGCCCCCAGGGAAUGAGUUGUGCGGCCGACGCUUGGGGAUUGUGGGCACCGGCGCGAUGGGACUGCGAGUGGCUGAGAUUGGCAAGGCCUUCCGCGUCUCCAACGUCAUUGGCUAUGACCCAGUCAAAAACGACAGGUUCUCUGCCAUAGGCGGCGAAUACGUACAGUCCUUGGCAACGAUCUUCCUACAUUCUGAUAUCAUCGUCAUUGCUUGUGCGCUGACUGCGGCUUCCAAGGGUAUGGUGAAUCGCAGGAUGUUGAAGCUGCUUCGCCCAGACUCCAUCCUCAUUAACUGUGCGAGAGGCGCCAUCAUUGACCAGAAAGCCUUGACAGAGAUGCUGCAGGAGGGCCGUUUCCGGGCUGGGCUGGACGUCUACGAGGGCCAUGAGGGCGAGGAGCUGCCUUCGAACCAUCCUCUGCGGUCUGCCUUGUGGGACGUGCUGCGGCGCUGCGGCGAAGCGCACGAAAACCAAUCAGCUCAGGAGGCGUUUCCCUUUGCAGCUUACCCCGUGUACUUCGGUGAAGAUUUCCUGGGCGCCGCGGUCUUCACCUUGGCAGCCGCAUCCCUGCAGGGGAGGAGCCUCCUCGAGCGCGAGGCGAAGAAGGGCAGUGGUGAGCUUUGGGAUCAUCAAGGGAUUUGCAUGGGCCUUGCUGCCCAAAAUUUGGACGAGGCAGCCCAGCGACGACUGCAGCAGACAGUCCUCGAGCGGACGCUGAGGCGGUUGGACCAGACCGGGGAGGAAAUGGCUGCCAAGGCGCCGUCCCAAAGCAACAAAAAGCAGCGUGAUUGUAGCUUCCGGGGAUGUCCAGUUGGGUUCACCCAUGUGCAGAUCCUGUGGAUUCCAUUCACCAACUCAAUUUUCAAGACGAAGCUCUGCCGCAAGGCCUCUUCAGACCUCCUGCGGAAGGGGCUGCUUACGACUCCAAAGGACUGGCCUGGCUUCCAGGGUUCUCUGAGCGUGGGCCGUAUCAUCAACAGUUCUUCCCUGCCUUGA